AUUCGCCGGUUAUCAUAAGCCCGUGUUUUCCCUCCCUUGCAGAUGGACGCAGCUCAGCGCUCCUCGUCGUUCUGUGCUCAGUCUGGAGCGGCGCGGCUGUAGCAGCAGAAUAUUUGGCUGUAAACAGAGACAGUGUUGGGGUCUCAAUGCGAAACGUGGGCUUUUAGUAGACGGUGAGUGAUUCGAGGAGGAUUUUAUUGCAGCGAGAGAAGCUCGUCUCAUCAGUGCAAGCUGCUGUGAAAGGUCCUCAUAUUGCAACUAUGUGUGGACGGAGCAGGACGGUCUUUCUGUGUCUGUGGGCUUGCUUGGUUUUUACCAACAGUGUACUGUGUGGAAAAAGCUCUGGGCAGAACGGCAUAACAGAUGAACAGAAAGAUAACACUACAGUGUUCACAAAGAUCUUAGACAGCCUUCUGGAUGGCUAUGACAAUCGCCUCAGGCCAGGACUAGGAGAGCGUGUAACUGAAGUCAAGACUGACAUUUUCGUGACCAGUAUUGGGCCAGUUUCGGACCAUGACAUGGAGUACACAAUUGAUGUCUUCUUCAGACAAAGCUGGAAGGAUGAGAGAUUAAAGUUCAAAGGUCCCAUGGCCGUGUUACGUCUCAACAACCUGAUGGCCAGCAAGAUUUGGACCCCUGAUACUUUCUUCCACAAUGGCAAAAAGUCAGUGGCCCACAACAUGACCAUGCCGAACAAGCUCCUGCGAAUUACAGAGGAAGGCACAUUACUAUAUACCAUGAGGCUUACAGUAAGAGCAGAAUGCCCUAUGCAUCUAGAGGACUUCCCUAUGGAUGCUCAUGCUUGUCCAUUGAAGUUUGGCAGCUAUGCCUACACUAGAGCAGAGGUGGUGUAUGUGUGGACUAGAGGGGCUGCCCAAUCUGUAGUGGUGGCAGAGGAUGGAUCCAGAUUAAACCAGUAUGAUCUGAUGGGGCAGAGUGUGGAUUCUGGUGUGGUCCAGUCCAGCACAGGAGAAUAUGUUGUGAUGACAACCCACUUCCACCUGAAGAGGAAAAUUGGUUACUUUGUGAUCCAGACAUAUCUACCCUGCAUCAUGACAGUUAUCCUCUCCCAAGUGUCUUUCUGGCUCAACAGAGAGUCUGUCCCUGCCAGGACUGUCUUUGGAGUGACAACCGUCCUGACCAUGACCACACUGAGUAUCAGUGCCAGGAACUCUCUCCCUAAAGUGGCCUAUGCCACAGCUAUGGAUUGGUUCAUUGCUGUCUGCUAUGCCUUUGUCUUCUCAGCCCUCAUUGAGUUUGCCACAGUCAACUACUUCACCAAGAGGGGUUACGCUUGGGAUGGAAAAAGUGUGGUGCCAGAGAAGCAAAAGAAAAAGAAGGAAUCUCUCCUUAAGAAGAACAACACUACAGCCUACCCAGCUGCCACUGCUACAGCCUUCGCCCCCAAUAUUGCCAGGGACCCUGGAUUGGCCACUAUUGCCAAAAGCGCCCCGCCGCCCCCAACUGAGCCUAAGGAGGAACCAAAGCCCAAGCCUCCGGAGGCCAAGAAGACCUUUAACAGUGUGAGCAAGAUAGACAGGAUUGCCAGAAUAGCCUUUCCUCUGCUCUUUGGAACCUUUAACUUGGUCUACUGGGCGACCUACUUGAAUAAGAAGCCCAAAGUGCAGGGGGUCAAUCCACACUAAUCAAAUUUUCAUUCCUUUUAAAUUAUACCUGUAAUUAUUUCAUUUUCUUAUUCCUAUAAACAGUGUUUAUUUUCAGACAACAUGGUGUCCAUGCUGGUUUCCAAUUCCCAGUCGUUGCAUUGCUUCUAUGUUGAACAAAAUUUUGAAGAUUUUGAAAAAAACAAAGUAUAGAAAAAAACAUGAAAACAAUACAAACUUUUGAAAAGGUGUUGUUCAGGUCUGGGAUGAUGCUACUAAGAAAAUGCUACUUUAAAUAUAUAGCCAAGAGAAUGCUAUUCUACAACUGCACAUAGCCCAAAAUUGUUAAAGGGCAUCUUUUAUUUUUAUCUAUUUAUUAAUUUAUUACAAUUUCUUUUCUUUUCUUUUGUUUAAACAUGGAAUCACAGAUACAGUGAAAGGCACUUGUGUAUAAUGCAUGGACAGGGCAUCUUAUUAUUUCUGUUUAUUUAUUCAAAAUACAACUCAACAUUGACUGGUGGCUUAGUUUAUUUGAUAUCAGCAGCAAGAUGCUACAGUCAGUCUCUUUCCAAAUAUCUUUCAUUCUUUGUAGAUGUUUUAUGAGCUUAAUUAUGCCAUUCUCCAUAAUACGUUAGGAUUUCUGCAAUAGCAAUAAAACAUGUCUCAGUGGACACACCAUUUAUUUAGAGAUCAAAAAAAAAAUACAAAAAUUCAAUCAUGGUUGUGAUCAACAUUGAAAAUAUAGUAAUUUCUUUUCACAGCAUUGUAAAUAUCAGGUGUUACAGAUGUCAGUAUUAUGUUUAGGCUUUGCAAAGUGUAACUAAAGGGUCUGGUAAGGUGGGAAGAUUGGUUUCAUUUGUUUUUGUUUCCUCUUUAUGAUAUUUUCUACAAAAAAAAAGAGAGAGUAUAUACUGGUCUAAUUCAUGCUUAAGUGACUGUUUCUCGCCAAGUUAAUGUUUCAUUCAAAGCUGCUUUUACAUUCGAUUAAAAGAUUAAACUGUGUGUUUGUGUACACACUGACAGCGACAACAGCAACAACAAAAUCAGUGGUGUAAACUGACAUUGGCUAGUUACAAAUACGAAUGUAAAAAGUCAUCACAAAUCCUGGAGUGCAUUAGACUUAGAAAUAAAACGCUCAUUAUCUAUAUUGUUUUGUUUUUGUAUUUUUGGGCUUUUGACUACUUAUGGUGGGGCCUCCUUUGUCAGAAACACCAUUGGUAGGAAAGUUCAGUGAGCAUCGAUUUGAAAAGGGGGGCAGGGGCACACUGAGAAGGAGGAGAAGUGCCUUUUCCAUUUUCAGAGUUGAAGCUGUGAAGGCUGUUACUUUGUUGAUUGACGGCACAUCUGUAUUUUCCAUCCCACUGUGUCCCCUGACCAUUUUUACCAUAGUCAUCCCCAUCCCCCAUUCAGUUAAAAAUUGAGACAUAACACUCAGAAAGUACCAGCUACACUGCCUUCAGUAUCACAUGCCCGUUAGGACUCAUUUGUUGCUGCUUGUUGGUGAGCAACAGCGAGAGACAGGGACCGAGACAGAAAGAGACAACAAAAGGAAAGGAGACAUUUAGGUGAAGUGGCACUGUAAUCUUACUUUAGCCAGCGCUGUGUUUCGCACAGAGGAAUUGUCUUGUAGUUCUACGAUAGUGACAAAGAUGAAUCUAUUUUUGUAGCAUGAUGUCAAUCCCUCCUUCUGAGAAAAACCAACAAAAUUUUAUCGCCAGUGUGAAAAGAAUGCUUUUGUUUUUGUAUUGAAAAUUGCUUGCUUCCUUUAUUUCUUUAGAUAAACACACACUUUAGGGAAAUGCUUCUUCUCUGAUGUGGCAUGUUAAGGUUUCUGAACAGUCCAAUUGAAAUUAUGUUAAUGUAGCAAUAUUAAUUAGCAAGGGCUUUUCUUAGGACCUGAACCUGACACUCAGUCUGGGGUUGAUAUCCAUUGUAGCUUUACACUGACCCCUCUCUACUUGUAGUUUCAUCUGUAUGCUGUACUUGGAAAUUUAUUCUAUUUAGAUCUGGUUAAAGCAAACAGGCAUUGCAUCGUGUGUCCAAUGGGUUCUAAAGCCUCUGGCUCACACUCUGUGUGUUUCACGAAGAGUCAAGAGUGCCGGUGCAUUGUGUCACAUUACUGAUUCAAUGUGCUUUGUUGAAUAUAUUUUACAGGGCACUAAACAGGCCAAAGGGCAUAUUAGAACUGCGCAGAGUUCUUUGUGUGUUUGUGCACUGGGGUGAAUAGAUCAUGCUACUACCAGAGAGAAUCAAAAAAAGAGAUUGGUUGUUGUUGCUAUUGUUAUGAUUUGCAUUAUCAUCAUAACCAAUACGGAAUCUAUUCCCUAAUAGCAGACAUCUUUACAAGCAUAUGCAAGCAGUCUACUGUUCACAGCCACUUAACCUACAAGCAGAGGGUCAUGGAACUGCAAAGUUCAGGGUGAAGAGAUGUAUAAAGAUAUUUGAAUUCUAAACUAUUGUAUGUAUGUUUAAUAUCAUGAAGAAAAUAUAUAUAAAUAUAUAUAUACAUAUACAUAUGUAAAAUACUUAAUGCAUACAGUAUUUGAUUCUAUCAAUGAAGAUAUUAGCUAAGAUGAUGAUGAAUAUUGUUUGUAUUACCAACCUAUUGUUAUGCAUUUUGCACAUUUAGAACAAUAACAUUACAUUUAUGUAGUCGGCUUCGUGCUAUGCAAGGACAGCUUUGAACCACAUCACUGACCUUUCCCUGGCCAUUGUGCUUCAGAUUUACAAGCUAUUACUAAAAAAAGAGGAAAAAAGAAGCUUAGCUUUUAUAUCAGCUGUGUGCACCCAUUAGCGUUGUUUUGUUUUUGUUUUUUUUUGUUUUUUUUUUCAACCAUGGCGAAACAGGGUGACAUCAAAGAAAACCGUGGAUUAUCUCUCUUGUUUGCGCUUUGGAUUUGUCAGUGGUUGAAGGGGAAAUGGCUUUCAUUGUUGAUUGCACUUUUUCUCCAGAGACAUGCAAUAAAGUGAUUGAACUGAAAAACCAGGAGUAAAACCGUAACCUUCUUAAUAACAUCUCUUUUCAGUUCUUGAGCUUGUUUGUCAUUACAAAAAUGGAGGCAGGUGAAGAUGUUACUUCGCUAAAUAGAUGCUUUUGUUUAUUUAUUUAUUUAUUUUUUUGCUUUCCAAAGCUCAGUGAUAUUACAGGAAGCAACAGAGAGUUUUGACUUUGACAGAGCAAACAGGAAUUUUGUACUCAACUUUUCUGUUUCAAGUAUCAAGUCUGUAAAGCCCCUAGCUUGUACUCCAGGCAAAAUGAAACAAAGCAUCAUUUUCAAAUAUUUUUGAACGCGGUCUGUGUAAUCAGAGAGAAUGUGAAAUAUGAGGCACAGUGCAAUCAUGAGCUUCCAACCUUUACCCUUACACUCAUAGGCAGAGCAUACGUGUAAAUAUCACAUUGGUAGGCACAUCAGUCAUUUAUUCAUUGUUUGAUGCAGUUCUCAGCAGCACUUGCUGUUCAACAUUGAGUCUUUGGUUAUUCCUAGAUACCUACUGGAGUUUUUCUUGUAUUUUUAUCAAACAAAAUAUGUUCUGAUUUUCACUGAAAUGUAAAAGAAAAAAAAUAAUUUUCUAAAGCACAAAAGUUGACUAGGGUAAGAGAAAUUAGAAUGACACUGUAUACAUAUGGACAUCAAAGAACAAACACAAAAUGCACACGAGCUCACAUACCUACAUACAGUUCAUGCUGGUAGUUCAACGAUACUGAAAAAAGGUUCUGGUGGAUGUAGAUGAAAUGGUGAAUCUUCUGUAAAUGUUUUGUUUCUUUUGGUUAUGAUAUGGCCCUGUAAAAUCUGAUUCUCUGCAUUAGUCUUUAAAUAAAAAGAAAACCAACUAA